AUGAACACGGAUGCAAGCCAAAAUGAUUCUUCUGCAGUCUCUGAGCACGACCAACACCAAUCUGGUGCUCUUUCCUGCGAGGUGACGAGCGACGCACCCGUAGCUUCGGAAUCGGUUGACGACACAAACGAAGAAGCCAAACAAGUUUCUUUCGAGGGAGGACAUGAAUCAUCCUCAGAUAUCAAAGGAAAGAGCAUUGCUGUUGAAGAAACUCCCCCAAUUCUGUCUAUGGGAAAGCGCGUUUGUCGAUGCCUUACGAGCUUUUAUUGGACCAACCAGUUUCCUGUACACAUCGUUCUGUCUAUUGGACUCGCAAAAGCCUACCCGCCAUUGGGCGCCAAAUAUUUACAACCCGACAUUACAGCAACAUGGAUCGCUGUCAUGAUCAUCUUCGUGCUAGCUGGUAUGGGACUUCGUACGGAAGAACUUUCCAGAGCCUUUCAACGCGUAUACUUUAAUACGUUUGUUCAGGUUUUCAAUUUCGGACUUGUUUCUCUGGUUGUUUUCGGUGCAAGUCGAGCGUUGACGGCUGCGCAAAUCAUGAGUGAAGAGCUCGCGGACGGUAUGGUGAUUACAGCAUGUAUGCCAACGGCCAUUAAUAUUGUGAUUGUACUGUCGGCUGCAACCGGGGCCGAUGAAGCUGCGGCCAUUUUCAACUCAACAUUUGGUAACAUUAUUGGAAUCUUUCUUUCGCCUGUUUUGAUUCUAGCCUACCUUGGGGCUGCGGGGGACAUCUCUCUGGGUACUGUCUUUUACAAAUUGACACUUCGCGUGGUUGUUCCCUUGAUCUUUGGACAAAUUGUUCAAAAGGCAUCAACGCUGGUACGGGAGUACUACGCUAGCCACAAGAAUCUAUUCAAAAAAAUUCAGGAGUCCUGCCUCGUGUUUGUGGUGUAUACUGUAUUUUGUAAAACAUUUGAAGACGACGUUGGUGCAGGAAUUGGGGAUAUUCUUUUGAUGGUCCUUUUCCAGUUUCUUUUAAUGACUGCUUUAAUGGUACUUGCUUGGUUCUCCCUUGAGCUCUUGUUCAGAGACGAGCCCGAGCUACGUGUGAUGGGAUUCAUGGGUUCUAUAAUGAAAACGGUUUCCUUGGGUGUUCCAAUGAUUAAUUCCAUUUACGGAGGGAACCCAAACGAAGGUUUGUAUACAUUGCCUCUCUUAGUUUGGCAUCCAAUGCAGUUAGUACUAAGCUCCAUGAUGGUUCCCCGCUUGUCACGAUUCAUUCGAGAAGAGAGAAAAAAGUUAGAUCUCAAGGAGCAAAUUUCUAACCAAGUUCUUUUCGACCUCGAAGCGCAAUCUAAUGAUUCGAAAACCGAGGGCAGCAAGUGCGAUAGAAUUUCCAAUGUUGAAGACGGUUUUGAGGAAACGAGAUCGUAG